CUCAUCUCUCUCUUUCUUUUAUUAGGUGUUUUACUUUAUGGAUUAGGAGAAGUCUUCUUUACUCUUUAUAUCGAAACAGUUGGACAGACCCUAGUUGCAAAAAAUACCGAAAUGGGAUCGUUGGAGAUGCUUUCGAGGAGAACACUGGGCACUGAUAUGCCCGUCAUGGCUCAGAUUAGGAAGUUAAUGGCGGAGUUGAGCAACCCCAUGUCUCUUGCUCAGGGAGUGGUGCAUUGGCAGCCUCCUCAAAAGGCUUUAGAUAAGGUAAAGGAGCUUGUGUCAUGUGAUCCUACAGUUAACUCUUAUGGACCAGAUGAAGGUAUUCCCGAGCUUAGAGAGGCUCUUAAGAAAAAGCUACGUGAAGAAAACAAGCUAACUCAAUCUGCAGUGAUGGUUACAGCAGGUGCCAAUCAGGCGUUUGUGAAUCUAGUUCUUAUACUAAGCGAUCCAGGUGAUUCAGUUGUCAUGUUUCAGCCAUACUACUUCAAUGCCUACAUGGCCUUCCAGAUGACUGGAGUCACCAACAUCAUUGUUGGUCCUGCCCAUCCACACACUCUCUAUCCCGACGCAGACUGGUUAGAGAGGACACUCUCCGAGUCAAAACCGACCCCAAAGGUUGUAACUGUAGUGAAUCCUGGUAACCCAAGCGGCACCUAUGUUCCCGAACCGCUUCUUAAUAGGAUUUCAAAGAUAUGCAAAGAUGCAGGGUGUUGGCUCAUUGUAGAUAACACAUACGAGUAUUUCAUGUAUGACGGUUUUAAACAUUGUUGCGUGGAGGGAGACCAUAUUGUUAACGUCUUCUCCUUCUCUAAAACCUAUGGCAUGAUGGGUUGGAGGCUUGGAUAUAUAGCUUACUCAGAGUGGUUACAAGGGUUUGCGAGAGAGCUUGUGAAGAUUCAAGAUAACAUCCCAAUAUGUGCCUCAAUAGUAUCUCAGCACCUGGCUUUAUAUGCACUAGAGGAAGGUGCUGGGUGGAUAGAAGAGCGUGUAAAGGGUCUGGUGAAGAACAGGGAGAUUGUUAAAGAGGCCCUUGAGCCGCUGGGGAAGGAGAGCGUUAAGGGAGGAGAAGGAGCGAUAUACUUGUGGGCAAAGCUACCAGAGGAACACAAAGAUGAUUUCAAGGUGGUGAGGUGGCUGGCUCACCGACAUGGAGUUAUGGUGAUCCCCGGGCGUGCAAGCGGCUGCCCAGGGCAUGUCCGGGUGUCGUUUGGUGGGUUGAAGGAGGAUGAUAUGAGAGCAGCUGCAGAGAGGCUGAGGAAAGGCUUAGAGGAGCUGGUUCACCUUGGAUUGGUGGAGUGAGUGUGUUUUUUGUUACUCAAAUGGGUCAAAAGAGAUAAAUUACUUUGUGAUAAUAAAGAGUACUGUUUGUUUAUUC